AGAACAGUAAGGUUGUGCGGCACGAUUUAUUGGCUUUGCAGGGUGAGAAGUUUCUUCUCGUAGGAAAAUUGAUGACCAUGGGAAUCACUCAGGGUGGUAGUGGUUUCUCCUUUUUUGGAAGUAGUCUCUACGCAUACUUGUGUGGUGUUAAAAUCUGUGAUAUUGACAUACCUGAUGAAGAAGUACCAAAUACUAACGUCCGGAUCCUUAUUCAGAAGAUCAAUGAUGCUGCUGAUGACAAAGACCUAAAAGAUUGUAUCCUUGAUGAAUGUGACACCAUUGUGAAUGCCGGGUACAGCAAGCCACUUUUUACCUCGACGCAAGCAGACAAAGUUGAGAUAGUGAAGACACUAAAACUCUACUACACUCUUCUCGAGUCUUUAGCAGAGAUUAACCAGCUCAAGGAGGGAUUGCAAGUGAACGGUGUGGGAGAAGCAAUUGUGAAGUACCCUGAACUAAUGAGGCCUCUAUUUGUGCACAAUAACACACAAGUUCUGACUGCUGAGACCAUGAAGGCCAUGUUCAAAAUCACCCACUUUUCACCUAAGGGCUCAAAUGAUCUUGCUAAAGAAGAGGCUACUUACAUGCUGUUUGUAGAUUUUCUGUACGAUUGUGAAUGUGUUGAAGGUGACUCGGAGGAUUCUGUCAGUCUUAAGACCAUUCUUUCUUUUACUACUGGUUCAGAGUCUGUUCCACCGAUGGGAUUUGAUAACUCUUUGGGUCUGAGAUUUAACGAUACCAAUGUGUUUCCCACGUCGUCCACUUGUGCGUUGGAGCUAACCCUGCCCUCCAAGUAUUAUAACAAUCCAGAGGAGUUUAAAAAGAAAAUGGUAUAUGGUAUGAAAAACCAUGGAGGAUUUGGUUGCCUAUAAGCACUGCAAUAAAAUGAACAUAUACUCUUUUUGUGUUUGACAAAACCUAUUAACCCUGUAUCACUUUCAUACUUUAUCAUGAUUCUUUCGAACAUAAUUAUACUCUUUUUGUGUUCUAUUCACCCUGUAUCACUUUCAUACUUUAUCAUGAUUCUUUCAAUAUCA